UGUUCUGCAGGCCAUUUCUGAACUGGUGCAGUGCCGGUUCAUCUCCACAAAUGGUGUGCAGAACAAGGGGGACUUAAAGAGAAAAACUUCUCCAACCAACAAAACAUCAACAUCAUUUGAAAACCAAACAAAAACCAACAACAAAAAAAUCCUGCAUCAUGAGCUUUGACCCUUUCAUCUCCUCCUCCCUCUCCCAGCGAUGGGAAGAUUCCCCCUCCAGCAGAACCACCUACCGGCUCUCCCGAGGGCCCCUGUCGUCCUCCAGGUGGUCGACGCGUUUGGAGCCGCUGCAGCGCUGGGAGCAGAGCGACCUGAGUCAGGCGAGCAUAGAGAAUGCAGAGCUGCUGGAGCUGCGGGCCCAAGAGCGAGAGCAGCUGGUGGGUCUGAACAACCGCUUCGCAUCCUACAUCGAGAAGGUGCGACACCUUGAGCAACAAAACCGGGUGCUGCUCCUACAGCUGGAGGGCCUGCGGCGCAGGCAGAGUCAGCCGUCCCGUGUGCAGCAGCUCUGCCUCCAGGAGGUACGGGGCCUCAGGGAGCAGCUGCACCAAGAGGCCCAGAAUAAAGCACGCAUGGAGGCGCAGAGGGAGAAAUUGCGGGAGGCUUAUGCACAGCUGCACGAGCGCUGGGAGGAAGAGGCGCGGCAGCGUAGCCGGACAGAGGCAGAGGUGCAGAGGUUGCGGGAGGAGGCGGGUCAGAUCGCUCUGUGCAGCUGUGAUGCCGAGGCCAGCGUGGUCUCCUUGGCGCAGGAGUUGGCCUUCUUGAAGCAAGUGUUUGCAGAGGAGCAGGAGGGGUUGAGGGUCCAGCUACAGGUUGCCAGCCUCAGCGUGGAGCUGGACACAAGUAGACCGGACCUGUCGGCCGCUCUGAGAGAGAUCCGAGCGCAGUAUGAGAGCCUGGCUGGACGCAACAUGCAGACCGCCGAAGCCUGGUUCCGGGGGAAGGUGGCGAGCGUAGUGGAGCUGACAGAUAAGCAGGAGGAGGCUGUGCACUUGGUACGUGAGAAUACCGCUGAGUAUCGACGGCUGCUGCAGUCACGUUUGGCUGAGGUCGAGGCACUGAGGAAUGUCAUCGAUUCUCUGAAUGCACAACUAGGGGAGCUAGAGGAGACGCAGGACACUGAGGUCACCAAGUACCAGGAGAGGAUAAGUGACCUAGAGAGGGACAUUGCUGAUGCGAAAGAGGAAAUGUCACGCUAUUUGCGGGAGUAUCAAGAUCUGCUUAACGUGAAGAUGGCUUUGGAUGUUGAGAUUGCAGCUUACAGGAAACUCCUGGAGGGAGAAGAAAUUCGAUUUACGUAUUCCACCCUACCAGCCCUGACCUAAACCCCUAAAACACAAAACCCUAGUAACUCCCAUUCAUCAUAUUCAUAUUUUGAAUACUGUUGAGUCAGACCCACAUUAACAUCCUAAAAUACUAA